AUGGCACUGGAUCAGCUGUUGGCAGCAGAAGGGGGCACGUGUGCAGUAGUAGGACAAGAAUGUUGUACUUAUAUUGAAGUUCACAGAGCUGAAAUAGGUGCUCAUCUGAGCAAGGUGGGAGAGUUGCAGCAGGAAAUGAGAAGGUUAGGAGUCAUAUAUUUUACCAUCAAGUGUGGACCAGUAGUCUGUGUACAAUGUGGUAAAGGAUUUAAAAGGUUGAAAGUGCACCAUGAAAUGACCAUUGUGGUGGUAGAUGAUGAGGUUCCACUAGAACAGGUGACUCGGGGAACUAGUCAGGGGCAGCAGGAAAGACAGGUGGUAUAUGUUGACAUGAGCAAGUCUUAUGAAAGUUUACAACUCCAGGAAGCUGAGCCCAUAUACCAGGCUUUAGAGGAGGAUCAGGCAGAAAUGGCUAGUGAGCAGUAUCGUCAAUUCUGGGCAGGCUUCAUAGAAAUUUAUCAUGAGAAUGAGUGCCUGUGGAGAGUGAAGAGCGCGGACUAUUCCAACAGGAACAAGAAGAAUCGGGCAUUUCAACAGUUGAUCGAGUACAGUAGAGGCCAAAACAGUUCUGCGGACAUUGGUUGGGUGAAGAAGAAGAUUUCUAAUUUCCGAACAGUCUUCAUAAAGGAGCACAAGAGGGUGGAAGAGUCACAGCGAUCCGGAGCCGGGACAGAUGAGGUCUAUAAGCCGACGCUGUGGUACUAUGACCUCUUCAAGUUCACGUUGGAGCAGGAGCCGCGGACAAGGUCACUGGGAAGCCUGGAUCCAGAAUCUCCAAUCCUCCUGGAAGAGGAGGCCCAGGAGAGUCUGGAUCUGGAUCUUACCCAGGAGCUGGAGGUGGAGCAGUUGACUCCGGAAUCUGCAGAGGUGGUCGAGUCUGAGGAAUCUGCAGCACCUCAGCCACGUCCUCCCACACGACGGAGGACAUCCAGGAGAGUCACCUCUGCCGCCUCCAGCUCACAGCAUUUUUUUGCACAUGCUGAGGAGGUUCUGAAUAGGUCCCCGGAUUAUGAACAAACCUUUGCCAAUUUCAUUGCGGCGGAGAUGAGGCAGAUGACUGAGGAUCAAAAGAGGAUCCACAAGCGCCUGGUACUUGAUGCUACCACACGCGCCAUCGACCGGACACUGGUUGAUGAGUGUGAGAUAGUGCAACCUGCCAGGCGCCAUCUCCAAAAUGUUCCCCCAUCCACCUUUCCACAUCACCAUCCCAUGCAGUAUGCACCGGGAAACCCUCCUCAUCAGAUGUCUUAUUUUCCGACGGGACCCACACAGCCCAGCCCCUCCCCUCAGCCUAGCACAUCGUCCAGUGGCAUGUACUCCGACAUGCCACCUUCACAGGCAUCGGUCCUGAGCGACCCUCGUUUUUUUGAUUUAUAA